GGUGAUUGUUGGGGAGAAGUGAAACAUAUAAAGGGGGACAGAGCAAGAGAAGGAGCAAGUGGAGGAAAGACGAGGAGAAAAGAGCUCACUCACAUUUUGAUGAAGCUUUUGCAAACAACAGACAGCACAAUGGCUGCCAGCAGAGACCUUCCUUUCCCCCUGGUGAUCGUUUUCCUGCUUCUCAUCAGAGGUUACUCUACCCUGCCUGUGACAUCACAAAUCCCUGGAACAUAUCCUCUGAGACCACAAGGGUUUUUGACCGAGCCCCUUCCCUCAGAGGACUACUCUCAAUAUGAAGACACAGAGAGCCCUUUUUCACUCAAAACAGCACCUCCAGUUGAAGCGACCUCUGAGCGAUGCAACUACAAACCCUGUCUGGAAGGUCAGAUCCCCUGUGCUGUUCUGGCAGCCUCCACCGGCUGCUUGUGUCCAGGGUUCACUUUACAUAAUGUGGCUCCAGAGACUCCCAACCUGAAAUCGGUGUCCUGGAACGGGUCAGAGGUCGUAGUUCAUUGGUGUGCACCUUAUUCAUAUGUCACUGGUUAUAUUGUGACAGUAGGGGGACAAGAGAGACAGAAGUUUGGGAAGGACCAAAGGAGCGGCGGAGUGGGUGACAUAGACCACCUCUCAAUGGUCUGUGUAGUUGCAGUGAAUGAUGCUGGACGCAAUGAGUCUUGCAAGAUGUACCAGCCCAGAGACAACAGUCUGCCUCUGAAAGCCGGACUCAUCGGGGGAGCUCUGGGCUUCCUGCUGCUCCUCUUGCUGGCCGUCCUGCUCUGGAGGCACAGGAGUCAAAGGAAACAGGAGGACAGCAUCUCUAUGCAUGACACAGCUGAGGCACAGUGAACAGAAAACAGAGCAAGACUGGACGCACAGUGAGAUAAGACUCUCUCCCCUGGGACUCCUCAGCCUCAUUGCAGUUAAUUAACUGUGACUACAUUAUUACAUCUGAGGCUUCCUGCACAAAGGGGCUCUCUGAAAACGCAGUAGGAAAUGUGGUUCAUCAUCUCACUUGAAUAUAUCUGACUGGUAAUGUCCAUUGCCUAAUUCUUGUUUCAUUUUGAUAACCCCGCUGGUGGUGUGUUAAAGCACGUUCCCACAUCAGCAAUUUGAAAACCAGCUGCAGAAAAAUAUGGUAUUUAUGAGCUAAGUUUUCUAAUAAUGAAGCCCAGAGGACAAACAAUGGAUAAACUAAAAUUUUGAUAGAAAGAUUCAGUGAAUUUGGUCCUUUGUUUCGCAUUUCAAGAAUCACCAGUACAGUAAUUUAAGUAUUUAUUUUUAUGUUGAUUUCAGAGACAAAAGCUGAUGGGUAUAAAGGUUCAAAUUACAAGAUAUUUUUACUAUUAUUAUUGUUAUUAUUGCAGACACAUAAAACAUGUAUCAACAACAAAAUACUGUCCACAAGGCAUAAUUUUAGGAGCAUCGCCACAGUAUAGAAAAAGUGUAUGUAUGGUUGUGUUUGAAACUCUCAGCGAGAGUUUUGUAUUAGAGUGACUGAUUAUGGUUUUGAGGAUGAAUGAUGUGCUGUAUUAUGUAUUGUAUUUAUGAACAUCAUUUGGUUUGUUGCCUGAGAUGUUCUAUGUGUUAAAAGUUGGAAUUGACAGGUUAGCUUUGGAGAAACAAGCUUUAAAGCACACAAAACAAGGCUGUUCAAACUGGAACGAUUUUAUAUGUUAAAGUCUGACUAUUUAACUCAAGUGAAAUCUUAGUCGCUAUUACACUCAUGUGUCAAAAAUAUUUAGGAUGGGUGUGUCUUUCCAUCUGUCUUACUGUGGGAAGUUGUGUCAGCAUACUGGAUGAGGACUGUCUGUUUUUCCAGCUGUCAUAUAAUAGCCCUAUUCAGUGAAUAUGAAUAUUGUGAGACUUGUCUCAUUCCAGCUGAGACUUCCAGUCAUCUAGCACUGGGCUGGUGCAAAGCUUCAGGCUUUUUUUUUUUGCCAUGAUGAAAAAGAGAAGAAAGGCCAAAAAUUUAAAUCCUCCCAGUUUAUCUCAUGUUCAAGCCUCCAUCUGCAUGUCUCGCAGCCAUGUUAUAAUUCCUUUUUGCUCUGGCUGCUGCCACAGAGUUGUUCCACUGCUCCUGGCGUCUUUCUCAUUCCAACUGCACUGCACAACUUACAUCGCACAGAGCUGUAUGGAAGUCAUCUAACAUCUGUAAUUUGGAGACACAACAGAUUGUUUAUUUCAGUUGCUGAAAUGGCCUCAAGAUGUUGCUUUUAUGACACACAUUCAGAGAGUGCAGUCACUCUCAAACUGAGAGGAAAAUACUGACUUGAAUUGGUCAGUAUGAGACGAUAUGCAAAAAGAAUGUCCUUACAAUAUCAUGUGGUGGUAGCAGCCUGUUUUAAACAGAUGAAGAUGUAAUGAGCUUAAUGUACCAAUGCAGGAAAGGACUACUUCCAGAGAAGUGCUGUUCUGAUGACAGUACCAGAGUAGCACAACAUGUACUUAGAGAUAAACAGAUAUGUACAUCAAUGUAUCUUAUUUCAAAAAGGAUGUGGUUUGCCUUUUUUAAAUAAGCUAUUUCUGAGAAA